AUGUCCUUCGAGAAUUCUGAAGAUGAUCUGGGCGGCAAAGAAAAUGAUGUGGCCGCGAUAUCUUUGGUCAGUGGACAGGCUGAAUCUGAUACCCCUUUGUAUCAACCACUUGACGAUCGCUACAUCCGUCUAUUGAAGCUAUUACCGGGCAGUGGUCCCGAUCCUAUCCGGAUCCAACUACAAUCCAUCUCGCUGGAAGAUCCAGGUCCUUAUACGGCACUAUCGUACGUAUGGGGAGAUGCCGAAAUCGAUAGACGGACAAUAUACUCAGGCGACACGGAGCAGCUGAGUGUGACAGCCAAUCUCUUCCAUGUUCUCUGUCGCUUUCGCGAUGUCUCGGAAACGCGAACAUGGUGGAUUGAUGCACUUUGCAUCGAUCAGAGUUCCAUUUCUGAGAGGAACCAGCAAGUGGCAAAGGCACGGCAUGAAUAUGCCAGAUCCAAACAUAUUAUUGAACUACCAGGAGGGAAAACGCCAGUAUAUUUAUACAGCAAUGACUUGGAGUCAAUGAAGAUUGUGGCCAAUGUACGGGAUCGAUAUGCUAGUCGGUGGGUAUCUGAAGAUGCUCGCCGUCACUAUGGGUCUCCCGAUUCAGAUCCUAAGAUGGUCACCGUGGCAUAUCGAGAUUUGGAGACGGGAGAAAUGGGAGAAACACACGGUGGCCUCGAAUAUGUUAUUCUUGCUCUCGACUUUGACAAGUCUCGCGUUCAAAAAGCUGAAAAGGAAAGCCUUCCCGACUUUUGCACGUUUCUGUUAGAAGCUAUAAAGCCCGCGGAAUUUGAUCUGACGCAUGCUCAAUGUGUUGGACUCCUGCAUGGCUUGGACUAUAUCGCAUCUAGGCCAUAUUGGCGACGAGCCUGGGUCAUCCAAGAGGCUAUUGUUUCCGAGAAGGCUACCUUGGUCUGUGGAAAACAUGAAAUCGACUUUGAUGUAUUUUGUACGGUCUAUGGAUACGGACGCGCAAUGGGGCUAGAUGUGAAAAAUGUCGUUUUGGAUGACGUGCGUAUAUUUGACGUACGAUCAUCAUUGAAAAUGCUCAUAAGACAAUCCAAACAAAUGCGCGAUCUUACUCUCGGACAUCUAAUGGGUGUCUUUGGCGGACAAUUGGCCACAGACCCAAGAGAUCUUAUCUUUAGUCUGUCCAUCGACUACUCUCUAGAUGUUCAGGCUGUGUUUAAGAAUGCGGCCAAACAUAUUGUUGACAGCUACCCUAAACAUCGAAUUGACAACCAGCCGAGAAAGGAUUAUAUCCUUUCCUUUGUUAAAUUUGACCCAUCUAAGGAUACCUCUCUCCCAACCUGGAUUCCGAACUGGACCUGUAAUAGAGGCGCUUCAAAUGUUCUCUUUGCUGAAGACGAUCCCCAGAUCGAUGUUUUAAUCGAGUAUGAUGCAAAAGUUGAAGGCGACUACCUCGUUCUGUCUGGUCACAUUGUCGACACAGUAACAAUGUCUAUAGAUAUUGGACAAGAUGAAGACUUUUACAAUGAGGUUGAUUUAUACAAUAUUGUAGUGGAGCAAAAUCUUGGAACAAGAUACGGUUCCCAAGAAGCUCGAUUUGAAGCGUUUUGGCGAGCCAUUGUCGCAGACAACCCCAUUGGUAUGAGGGUCAUCAAUGGUGACGACUUUGCUUCUUUAAAACUUGAAUCUCUGCGCUCGUGGAUAACUCUCUGCUCGGAGAAUUACCAAAAGCUUCAACAGAUUUGGCCUCAUCGACUCAAGUUUCGGCGGACACUGGGACCUAUGAUCGCUGAUAUGAAAGCAAAAAAUAAGCAAACUGAAAAACCAUAUUCACUUCCUCCGGGAUUAUUGGAUUACGUACCUAUGGAAACCAUCGAGGAACUGCUCAAUCAAGAGAAUGAUCCUGUAUGGAGCUCCACUGAAGCUGGGGCGCCCAAACAGUUUAUUAUCACAGAGCAUGGAUUCUUCGGAACUGGGCUCCCUGGCGUCGAGGUUGGCGAUGUAGUUGCUAUUCUCGCUGGCUCUGGAAAUCCGUGGUAUUUACGAAAGCAAGGCAAUCACUUCAUUGUUAUUGGGAAAGGCUGGAUACACGGUCUUAUGUAUAGAGAUGAUGAGUACCAUAGGCGAGAUUGGAGCGAUAAGAUCGUGACCAUUCUACUUAGGUGA